AUAAACAAGCAAUUGGUCCUAAUUCUGCAAAGUUGACAAGUUAUAUUGGUACACUUGUUCGUAUGCAUAUUCCGGUCUCCGUAGCUAGAUGGAAUAUGAAAAGCGAAGACUUGGAUGCGAAAAAAAAAGCGAUUUGGGACGAGCUUCAGAGGACUUUUGAGAUACCAGAUGAUCGUAGACGCUACAUACUUGGUUUGGCCGGCAAAAGAUAUAGAGGGUGGAAAGCUUUUUUGACAAACACUUAUCUUAAGGAUAAAGAUGGAAACUUUCUUGAAGAGGCACCGGGACGGCCAAAAAAGUAUGAGAUCUUCAUUGGUGAAGAAGAUUGGGCUAAGUUUGUAGAGCAAAGAGAUGAAGAUUUUCGGAAAAGGAGUGCCAAGAAUAGUGCGAGAGCAUCCAAACCCGCAUAUCCAUACAAAAAAGGGCGUUUGGGAUAUGCACGCUUGGAGGAUAAAAUUGUAAGUAAAUAGAAAUGCGUUUUAAUUAAUUGUCUAAAUGUGUUUUAUUUGACGAUUUUAUCUUUUGUGUCAAUGCAUAGUUAGAGGAGACUAAAAGUGAGGAAACCUCACUUCCUGAACAUGUGUUGUGGAGGGAAGCUCGUGUGGGCAAGGAUCAUGCUGUCGAUCCCGAAGUUCAGAGAGUUUUUACUGA